UUAUGUGAGAAAGGACUUAAUUACCAGAAUGUUAUAACGUUGCUUAAAAUUAUCGUCAGCAAAACUUAAUUAAAGCACGCGGCUUAUUUACUGAAACUAUAUCAUAAAACAUCAGAAUGAUGAGAAAAAUAGGUAUUGCUGCGUUUGUAUAUGUAACAUUUCUGUGCUGUGUUAAUGGGGCGAGUUUAAAUGACACAAAGACUUUGUUACGGGACUUGCUUAGCAAUUACAACAAAAACUUGCGACCUGUACACAAUCAGAGUGAAAUUGUGAACGUCACUGUUAAGCUAUUGGUCAAGUCAAUUCAGGAGUUCAAUGAAGUCAGCGAAGUGUUCUCCGUUGUGGCUGGUUUGAGUAUAAGCUGGGAGGAUGAAAGUAUGACAUGGAACCCAGAGAAUUACGGAGGCGCGUCUCAAAUUAUGACUUCAUAUGAUGACGUGUGGGUGCCAGAACUUAUCCUGACGUCGCCGUCAGACGACGUCGAGAGCCUUGGGGCGGCAUGGAAUCGCAUAAGGUAUUAUGCCAAUGGAACCGCUAGGUGGUCCCCGGUAGCAUUAGUAAAGUCCACGUGCACUGUCGACGUCGAAAGCUACCCCUUUGAUACACAGACGUGCACGCUCUCAUAUAAUGCAAUGGGGUACGAGCUUGGUGAAGUAUUCCUACUACCGGCGACGGAAGCACGUGAAAUGACGUUAUUUUCAGAGCACCCUAUGUGGGACCUGGUCGACACCGCAGCAAAGUCCGAAUCGUUUGGGUAUAGUUGGCAAGUGAGUUUUACUUUCAAACUCAAGAGAAGACCGGCAUAUGUCUUAGUUAAUGUGGUAUUACCUAUUUUGUUCCUGAGCGUCCUGAAUUUGUUGGUGUUUCUUUUGGUGCCGGAGUCCGGAGAGCGGGUUUCAUACUGUAUAACCGUUCUCCUUUCUAUCGCGGUUUUCAUGACCAUUGUCAGCGCUAUGUUACCCAGGACCUCGAAACCCGUUCCGAUCGUUUCCUACAAACUUAUCAUAGAUAUGGUUAUAAGUGCGGCGAUUACCGUUGUGGUCAUUCUUAACCUUCGUAUCUACAGCAAGGAUCCAGAAAUUCCCGUUCCGAACUGGCUGAUUGGUAUUUACCGGUUUUGGACAUGCGCCGUUUGUCGAAAGCGAAAAAUAGAACCUGUAUGGAUGAGAAAGUUAUUUAGGAAAACAUCAAAAGCGACCAGAAUACAGACGGUGAAAACUAUCUCUGAAGCUGAAAAUGAGAAUGAUAUUAAGAGACAACUGUCAGAAGCAAUUGAUGAAGAACAGAUCACGUGGAAGAAAAUAAGCUACAUGGUCGACGUGGUUGCUCUCUGGUUGUUUGGUCUUGCAACACUUUGCAGUUUCGCUGUUUUCCUUGCUAUUGUUACAAGUCGCGGCUAGUAAACAACAGCACAUUGCCCACCUGUGUUAACGUUGUUAUAUAAUAAGUAUUUAAGAAGCAGCAAAUGCUUGUAAUUUUUCCUCACGGAGUUUCACGGCGUCGGUAAUUAAUCUGGCAACAUUGUUAAUCACAAUAUUACUUUAAAAAGAGAUUUUAUUUUAAAAUUGCACAAA